AUGCAUACUCUGAGAAGAGACAUUCUCCGUCUACUUUUCUUUACUCGCUUUUUCUGUGUCAACUUUGCCUUUUCUCUGCAACCCGAUGCUGUCCAUUGCUUGUGGACCGUCAGCUUCCAAGGCGGAGCCCUGUCGAGCUCCACGCUGGUCUGCGACUCGGCCAGUCUUGUCCACAGCGGCCUGGUCGGCGAGACCAAGCCCCGGCUCGUCCGUGCCCGGAGGGCGGUUGAAGCGAGCCGAGAGCUGGCCCAAUUGUUGUGUCAGGCCGAGUCGCCGACGUCAGAGUCGUCGCGACGUCUGGACCAGUCGGUACCGAACGACGCCUCACUCGCCGACCGAGAACGUGAGCGUAAAUUGGCCAAACUUCGACUGGCCCAACAGGCCUGUCUCGGCAAAAGCAGUACCGGCCAACUGACCGGCUACACACGAUUGUCCCAAGUCAAGGUGUGUCUCUCGUCGUCACCACUCGGCCUAGUUUCCACUCGUACCGAAGCCUCAUAA